AGAUGGAAUUGCUCAAUAAAUUUAAGGAAUUGUACCAAUAGAUAGUCGAGUAAUUAUAAGACCUACUAUUCCUAAUUAAAUAAGUUGAUUUUGAAGCUCCCAACUUUGAAGAACUUUAUUAGACUGAUGCUGAAUAUUUCAGUGAGAUUGUGUAUAGGGAUAUAAAGGUAUCUUCAUUUCCCUAUUUAUUAGCAUCUAGAAUAACAACACUAUGAUUUCAUUUACUCAUCUAGUUUAAGAUUUUUACCAAAUAUUUUAGAUUGUCUGUAAUAUAAUUUCGAAAUUGAUAUUUAUGAAUUUGAUAUUCGUAAUUGGGCAUAGUAAGGAUUAGACCAUAUUCUGAAAUUUAGUGGACUAAGAAGAUCAUUUCGUUAACCUAUUGGUUGCUGUUAAAGAUAUUGCAAAUGCAUAGCCGAUUUGUUUAAAGGGAAUAGACAAAGAAGAUGA